CCAUUGUAGAUGAGGAAGCACAUCAGUAGUAAGCAAGCAGUCACCAGUCCUAAGUUGUAGCUGUUGCUAUAGUCCAGCGCUCCAUCUCCAGAGGGCAGAGCUUGGGGAAAGCAUUAUCAUCUAGUGUUACAGACAUCUCCUGGCUUGCUACUGUGGAAGGAAUAAUAAUGUAUUUGUGGCCUUGGACAUGAAGCAGUCAGUCUUCUGUUACUGUUAACAUAACGUCAAGGACUGAUGUUGUGGGAAGCAUGGACCUAAUGAACGGGCAGGCAAGCAGUGUUAAUAUUGCUGCUACUGCUUCUGAGAAAAGUAGCAGUUCCGAAUCAUUAAGUGACAAAGGUUCUGAACUGAAGAAAAGCUUUGAUGCUGUGGUAUUUGAUGUUCUUAAGGUUACGCCAGAAGAAUAUGCGGGUCAGAUAACGCUAAUGGAUGUUCCAGUAUUUAAAGCCAUUCAACCAGAUGAGCUUUCAAGUUGUGGAUGGAAUAAAAAAGAAAAAUAUAGUUCUGCACCAAAUGCUGUUGCCUUCACAAGGAGAUUUAAUCAUGUAAGCUUUUGGGUUGUUAGAGAAAUUCUUCAUGCUCAGACGUUAAAAAUCAGAGCAGAAGUUUUGAGCCACUAUAUUAAAACUGCUAAGAAACUGUAUGAGCUGAAUAAUCUUCAUGCACUUAUGGCAGUAGUUUCUGGCUUACAGAGUGCUCCAAUCUUCAGGUUGACGAAAACAUGGGCAUUACUAAGUCGAAAAGACAAAACUACCUUUGAAAAAUUAGAAUAUGUAAUGAGUAAAGAAGAUAAUUACAAAAGGCUAAGAGACUAUAUAAGUAGCUUAAAGAUGACGCCUUGCAUUCCCUAUUUAGGUAUCUAUUUGUCAGAUUUAACAUACAUUGAUUCAGCAUACCCAUCAACUGGCAGCAUUUUAGAAAAUGAGCAGAGAUCAAAUUUGAUGAAUAACAUCCUUCGAAUAAUUUCUGAUUUGCAGCAGUCCUGCGAAUAUGAUAUUCCCAUGUUGCCUCAUGUCCAAAAAUAUCUGAACUCUGUUCAGUAUAUAGAAGAACUACAGAAGUUUGUGGAAGAUGAUAAUUACAAGCUUUCAUUAAAGAUAGAACCAGGGACAAGCACACCACGUUCUGCUGCUUCCAGAGAAGAUUUAGUAGGUCCUGAAGUAGGAGCAUCCCCACAAAGUGGAAGAAAGAGCGUGGCAGCGGAAGGGGCCUUGCUCCCACAGACGCCUCCAUCCCCUCGGAACCUGAUUCCCCAUGGACAUAGGAAGUGCCACAGCUUGGGUUAUAAUUUCAUUCAUAAAAUGAACACAGCAGAGUUUAAGAGUGCAACGUUCCCAAAUGCAGGGCCAAGACAUCUAUUAGAUGACAGCGUCAUGGAGCCCCACGCCCCAUCUCGAGGCCAAGCCGAAAGUUCAACUCUUUCUAGUGGAAUAUCAAUAGGUAGCAGUGAUGGUUCUGAACUAAGUGAAGAAACCUCAUGGCCUGCUUUUGAGAGGAACAGAUUAUACCAUUCUCUCGGCCCGGUGACACGAGUGGCACGAAAUGGCUGUCGCAGCCACGUGAAGGCCAGCAGUUCUGCAGAAUCAGAAGAUUUGGCAGUACAUUUAUAUCCAGGAGCUGUUACUAUUCAAGGUGUUCUCAGAAGAAAAACUUUGUUAAAAGAAGGCAAAAAACCCACAGUAGCAUCAUGGACCAAGUAUUGGGCAGCUUUGUGUGGGACACAACUUUUUUACUAUGCUGCCAAAUCUCUCAAAGCUACAGAAAGAAAACAUUUCAAAUCAACAUCAAAUAAGAACGUGUCGGUGGUAGGAUGGAUGGUGAUGAUGGCUGAUGACCCUGAACACCCAGAUCUCUUCUUGCUGACUGACUCUGAGAAAGCCGGCGAGGAGCACCUCCAAGGGAGCCAGACCGCAAGUUCUUGCGCACCUGCCGGGAGAUCUUGCCCUGCAGCAGCCCGCCACUGGAAUCCUCCUUACUGGCUGUGCAAUUCCGUUCUGAUGUCUGCUUUUUCCGAAUGCAAUUCCUACAAGUUUCAAGCUGGCAACAGAAUGAACGCGAUGCUGUGGUUCAAGCACUUGAGUGCAGCCUGCCAGAGCGACAGACAGCAGGUUCCUACAAACUUGAUGACUUUUGAGUAAAAGCCUAAGAAAGAAGUGAGGUGAACUGUUGCCCCUGAGUAAGAGCGAGGAGCUGAGGCGGCGCCAGCUACACCCAGUUCUGUGCCGGGAGGGGCCCCGGAGGCUCCGUCUCAGCCUCGGGGCUUCCGAACCAGAAAAGCAGUACUUUCAGGGAAGGAAGUGAGAUAUUCCCAGAGAACAAAUUGGAGUUUCACAACAAACUGCCAUGGACCACGCUUCUUUUCUCCGAACUGACCUGCAGAAACCACUGCCUUAAAAGAAUGAAAGGAAAACCACCAGGAAACACCAAAUAGUGCGUGCGACUCUUCCGGCGGUGCUGUGCUUGGGGCAGAUCGUAGCUGACUUGCGUUUCUUUUAACUUUGUACUAAUUUUGGAGGGGGGAAUCGCCUUUUUUAGAAAUUUCACAAAGGAGGAACAUAUUUCUUAUGGGUUCUGUGAGGGGCUGGUUUUGAACUGAGGUGUGAAGACACCCCGCCUGAGGAGGAGGAUGCUGCCAGCAGCCUCCUUCCUGCAGGGGCGCUUUGGCUUCCAGUGAUCUGCAGCCUCACUGCUUUCCCACAGCAAGAGUUUAGGAAUUAGACAUGUUCACAAUGUGAGUUGUUAGGGUUUGUUUGGGAUUGGGGGUGGGGUUUGCUUUGAAUGAGGGGAUUUUUUUUUUAACACUAAAGUUCUGAAAUUUAGUACUGUAUGGGGAACCUCAUUUCCUGCAGGAGGCAUAAAGGCUGCGUGUUCCUAUUCCAGACACUCUCAAGUGGGCUCCAGAAAACAUGGUUGUUUUUAACUGGGUUUAAAGUUCAGCCUUCUGUUUGAAUUCAUUGUUGGACCACAGGUCUGCUUAGGAAAAAACCAUAAUCCCAACCUAAACUUUUCUGAGAUUUUACCAUAAUUACAUUUUUUUCAAGUUAAUUGAAUUAUCCCUUCUACCAAUCACUGGUGAUUUUUAUCACCAAGGUGAUGUAUUGCUGUUUCAUCGAAUAUUUUCUUUUACAGGGUAUAAUGUAUACAAUGCCAGUUAUUUUUUUUAUUAUUCAUUUUCACUAUUUUUGUUAAAUAGGAGAUUCAGGAUCACAUUUGUUUAUAAGAGCUUUCACAUGUGUAUGCGUGUAUGUAUUUUAUUAUAAGGCAUACGAAAUAAUAAGGGAAAAAGGGGAAAGACUGAGAUUCUGGGAAUCUUAAGUGUCAAAACUUUCCUUCUCCUAUAACUUUCCUUUAUUACAAAACGCUUUUCUGAAAACUUA